GCCGGAAGCUACCUAUCUGGUAGGGAGCUCCACCAGUACCGAAGACUGCGAUGACUUCUGCACUGACCCAGGGGCUGGAGCGAAUCCCAGACCAGCUCGGCUACCUGGUACUGAGUGAAGGUGCAGUGCUGGCGUCAUCUGGGGACCUGGAGAAUGACGAGCAAGCAGCCAGUGCCAUCUCUGAGCUGGUCAGCACGGCCUGCGGUUUCCGGCUGCACCACGGCAUGAAUGUGCCCUUCAAGCGCCUGUCUGGUGAGCCCCUGUCCCUGCCCUUGGUGGUAGUACUGGGAGGAAGGGCCGCUUCCAGAGGCUUCUCUUCUUCCUCCCAGCCUCCCACCAUCUCCUCCUGGGGUCUCUGGUCUGGCCACUUUCCUCCCUUUGGGACUCCCCUGUAUCAGAAUUGUGAAUGAGAAGGCAAGAGAAAGGAGAUGUAGCAGAGGCCACUCAUCUUCAAAUCUCUGAGCCUGGAACGAUAGAAUUUCUUUGGCUUUGAUCCCAGCCAAUGUGCGUGUGGCCCCGCCCCAUGGAGUCUGUUGCACCCACUAACUCUGUGCUCCCUUCCCUCUCCUGGGGCGGGGGAAGGUGUGUCUCUCCUCCAGUGGUCUUUGGAGAACACACGCUGCUGGUGACGGUGUCAGGACAGAGGGUGUUUGUGGUGAAGCGGCAGAACCGAGGUCGGGAGCCCAUUGAUGUCUGAGCCUGCCGGAGGGCGAGGGUCGGAGAAGCGGAUUGGGUCCUGGGCCUCUGUGAUGAGGCAGGCACAGCCGUCAGUCUUGGCUUGCUGCUAGAACUAGGGCCUUCUGCUCGCCCACCUCCCACCCCUACCUGGAUGGGCCGAAGCUUGGGGACUGUGAGCUGUGUUAAGGAGAACAAGGGCAAGGAGACCUCCCUUUGUGCUCCCUCCCUCCCUCCCUAAUAAACAUGAGCCUGAUGUUCUC